AUGGAUAAUAGGAAUAAGAUUAAGAACUUAGAUGAUGACAUUCAAAAACUAAAAAGAAUAAGAAUGAGAAUGACAAAGUUUUCAAAGUCUGAUACAAAAAGAAUACUAGACCAAGAUUGA